AUGGUCUCCUUCUGCUGCGACAGCUGCCAAGAGACAGUCAAGAAGCCCAAGGCCAAUCAGCAUGCCGGCCGGUGUCGUGGCUCGCUGACCUGUAUCGACUGUAGCAAGACCUUCUGGAACGGCGAAUGGAGCUCGCACAAUAGCUGCAUAUCCGAGGCACAGGCGUAUCAAGGCGCUUUGUACAAGCCGACCAAAAAGGAGCUCAAGCGCAAGCAGCAGGAUGACAAGGCCGCCGGCAACCCGGUAGUAGAAUCGCUUGCCGUCAAUGGGAAAGCUGUCCCAGCAGGUACUAACAUUGUCGAAGAAGACAAGAGGGAGAGCAAGUCAAAGAAGCAAAAAACUGCAGCAUCUGCGCCUGUGGCCAAUGAACAGCUUGCAUUGCUUGAGUCUAUGCUCUCAGGGGAAGCGGUUACGCUGCAUGCGAUUCUGAAGAAGCUCAAAGCUAAGAGCAAGGCAGAUAAGGACGCAGUUCUAAAGGGCAUCACUGUCGUCAAGAAUGCCAGUGGCAAGCUCGAAUUGCAAUGA